AUGCAGAACGAUGGGGUUAACAACCGAGAUAGGAUGAAGAUGAUGUACAAGUUGAAGGGAAAACACGAUAUUAAGGAGAAACAGAAAAAUUAUAGUAUAAGUAUGUUGUAUUUAAAUAUACGUUUUAUUAAAUUAUGCAGCAAAUUUUAUUCGUUCUUUAUUUCAGAAAAGUGGGAGAAGAAGAAGAGAAGAGAGGAAGAGUUAUUGAGUUCAGCUAUCAACAAAGAAGCCUUUCACAAAGUUAUAGAAACUGAAGACGUUUCUUCUGGGUUUACAACUAAUAUUCGGACACAAAGUGAGUUAAGUAAUAUUUAUUGUUUAUUUAUUUUUAGAAAAAUGGUACUCUUUGAGUGUGGCACUGCCUGGAUCUAUCUUGAACAACGCUCAAAGUCCGGAAUUGAAGGCUUAUUUGGCCGGAGAAAUAGCCAGAAGCUUGGGAGUCUUCUGUGUUGACGAAGUUAUCAUAUUCGACGAAACCGCGCGUAUGACAGAUAAGUAUGUUGCAGUUUUUAUUAUUAAGGUUUUGGAGACGUGUGUUUUAAGGUGUUUUUAAUGGUAUUGUCUUUUAGCCAGCUGAACUCUUAUUAUUCUGGAUCUUGGACAGGCGAAGAACGAAUGACGGAGAGAAACAACGAGUGUAAUUUUAAUUUGGCCAGGAUUCUUGAGUAUCUAGAAUGCCCUCAAUAUCUUAGAAAAGCUUUAUUUUCAGUUCAGAAGCCUUUAAAAUACGCUGGGAUUCUGAAUCCUUUAGAUGGUAUGCAUCAUUUGAGAGCAAACGAUCUUCAUAUUCCAUACAGAGAAGGUAUUGUGCUAGAUCGGAUAGUUAAAGAAGGAAAGGGAUCAUUUUGCGAUGUUGGACUUGACAAAGUGUGUUUUUUAAGUUUAUUUAGUAUUUGUUAUUUAUUAUAUCUUUUUUAUUUAAUUUACACUUUUUAUAGGAGUUGCAAUUGGAAGAUGGAGUUAUGCUACCUCCAAAAACUCGGAUCACAGUUCAGUUAACGGACACGAAUCCAGGUUAGUGUUCAUUUUAAGUUGUCUGUUUCUGUAUAAUUGAUUCUUAUGUAACUUUGAUGUUUUAUAAAACGUAACCUUGAUAUUUUAGAGAAGAAAAGAUACAGAGGAAAGAUAUUCAGCCCAAACAAGAUACGAAACGAAGCAGGUAUUUACUGGGGGUACAAUGUAAGAAUAGCCAAAAGUCUGAACGAUGUUUUCUCGACUCCGUAUGAUAUGUACAUUGGAACUUCAGAACGAGGAAAGGCUGUUGAUGAAAUGGAGUUUGAGAGGAAAGAAGGAAGGUAGGUCGCUAUUUUACUAUGUUAAUGUAACUUUACUUAUGGUUUCAGCAAAAUCCUGGUGGUUUUUGGAGGUUUACAAGGAUUAGAGAAUGCAGUACAAUGUGACGAGAAAUGCGAAGUCGAAGAUCCGGCAGAAUUGUUCAACUACUACAUCAAUUCUCUGCCAGACCAAGGUAGUCGUAUCAUUCGGACAGAAGAAGCCAUUCCAAUCACAUUAACAGCCUUGAAAAUGAAGUUAAACUGA